CCGGGCGCCAGCGCUGGCCAGCUGGGAGGCACCGCGCCGGGGGGCCGCCCGCCGCCCCGCCACCAUGUCCCCUCCAGCCUCGGCGGCCGCGGCCGGCGAGAGAGGCAGCAGCACCUCGGCGCCUCCGGAGGAGGCGGAGGGGGCCCGAGAGGAGCAGCGACCGGUGAAGCAGUCCCUCAGUAAGUCCCUCUGCAGAGAAUCCCACUGGAAAUGCCUGCUGCUCUCCCUCCUCAUGUACGGCUGCAUGGGAGCUAUGACCUGGUGCCAUGUGACCAAGGUCACCCGGCUGACCUUUGACAGCGCCUACAAGGGCAAGUCCAUGAUGUAUCACGAUAGCCCCUGCUCCAAUGGCUACGUUUACAUCCCCCUGGCCUUCCUGGUGAUGCUCUACGUGGUCUACCUGGUGGAGUGCUGGCACUGCUAUGUCCGCAACGAGCUGCAGUACAAGGUGGACGUAGACAGCGUGCACGAGCGGGUGCAGCGAAUGCAACAGGCCACCCCAUGCAUCUGGUGGAAAGCCAUCAGUUACCACUAUGUCCGGAGGACUCGGCAGGUCACCCGCUACCGCAAUGGGGACGCCUACACCACCACCCAGGUGUAUCACGAGAGGGUCAACACCCACGUGGCAGAGGCCGAGUUUGACUACUCCAACUGUGGGGUCAAGGACAUCUCCAAGGACCUGAUGGACCUGGAGAGCUACCCAGCCACUCGGCUCCGCUUCACCAAAUGCUUCAGCUUUGCCAACGUUGAGUCCGAGAACUCCUACCUGACCCAGCGCGCCCGCUUCUUCACCGAGAACGAGGGGCUGGACGACUACAUGGAGGCCAGGGAGGGGAUGCACCUCAAGAACGUGGACUUUAAGGAAUACAUGGUGGCCUUUUCAGACCCAGACAACCUGCCCUGGUAUGUGUCCCACUACGUCUUCUGGGUGGCUGCCCUGCUGAGCCUGUCCUGGCCUCUGCGGGUGCUGAAUGAGUACCGCACCUCCUACGUCCAUUACCACGUGGAGAAGCUCUUUGGGUUUGACUUUGUGGCAGUAACACCAGCUGAGGAGCGUUCCUUCUGCAGGAGGAUGCCCCGUGUCAACACGGUGGACAGCACUGAGCUGGAGUGGCACAUCCGGUCCAACCAGCAGCUAGUGCCCAGCUACUCAGAGGCCGUCCUGAUGGACUUGGUGGGGCUCUCCAGCUGCACUAGCUACUCUGCUUGCAGGUACGGGGGCUACCGGCAGAACUGCGAGCGGUGCCACAGGACUAUAAGCAGCUCGUCCAUUUUCUCCCGCAGCGCCCUGAGCAUCUGUAACGGCAGCCCCAGGAUCCCCUUCAGCAGCAGCCGCUUCUCGCUGGGCCGCCUCUAUGGCUCCCGGCGCAGCUGUCUCUGGCAGAGCCGGAGCGGGAGCCUGAAUGAGCAGAGCUGCCCGACCGAGCAAACCCGCCUCUCCAGCCAGGUCACCGUGGAAGAGGAGGACCCUCCUGCUUACCAGGAUGCCCUCUACUUCCCCGUCCUUAUCGUGCACCGCAAUGAGGGCUGCCUCAACCACGACCACCGUCACCUCCAUCGGAAUGGGUCCUGCAUGGAGACCUCACUGUGAGCGGAGGGCAGCAAGGAUCUCCCUCUUGAUCACCGUGUCUCCAGGCACAGGGACUUGGGAAGGGAGGGGAUAGCCAGGAAAACAAGGCACCAGUGCCCCACUCAGCAUGUGGGAUGGAGAGGUCACUGCUUCUUGGUCUCCAAGGAUAGGCUCAACAGCUGCUGCCUUUCCUCCCAGCCACAUGGCCCCUUUGAUGUCAUGGAGGAGGGGGUGGCAGCAGGAUGGGUGAGCAGCAGCACCACCUGUGCAUGGCACAAAAUGACAGACCGAUGACCAGAUGCAAAAAAUGGUAGAAAGGAAAGGACUGAAGGAGGGAGCUGGGUGCUGUAGUUUCAAGCUCGGACUCGAAAGGCCCCGGCUGGCUGGAAUAGUGCUAAAUGACAACUACCACCCACCGCCCUGCUGCAUCCGUGACCUCUGCCCCUCUCCCGCAGCGCUGCAGACUUACUCUCCCGCAGAGGGGUCCCACAUGGGGCCAAGAGGAUCAAGGUCUGGCAGCACAUUCCCUUUGGAGCAGCGAUUAACUCCUCAUGCGCCAAAGAUCCUGGGGCACCCGGGCCCAUAGAGCUGAAGGGCAGUUUAGAGGAGAUGCUUAAAACCACAAGGCCAACUCUUUCCCCCCUUUUUUUGAGACUGUGCUCCGACUGUUACACUGUCCCCAGCUGCUGGGAUGGGCAUCGCUGCCAGAUGGCUCCUUAGAAAGCCUCAGCACUCCAGGGCCAAAAAUCGGCAUUCCCUAGGUAAAGCUUAAAGCCAAGUACUUUUCCAUUUGGGGUUGCAGAAAGCAGGAAGCAACAGGGAAUAUACCAAGGAAAGGCCCUACCUGGCAUUAGAGUGCAGUCACAGCAUGAAGCCAGAAGGUCUAGCAGGAGAAGGCCCAGCCUGCAAAGCAAACCAAGGAGACCUUUGUGUGCUGGGUGCCUUCUGUGAGCCAAAGACACCCUAUGUGGAAGGGGUGAGUUGGGCAGCUGGGGACCCCGAGGUCUUGAAGUGAGUGAGGUCUAGUCAUAAUUAAUUCAGCCAAGCAAGGAGUCUGGCAUCCAGGGAGGUUCUGUUAGGUUCAACUGCAGUUUACCUAUGAAUAAUAGAAGAGCAGGUUGGCGGGUCUCGGGGAGAGUAAAUAUUACAUGAAGUCAAGCUGGCUCCAGGUUCCAGUAACUAAUACGAAGGGAAGCUGGGUUUGGCACAGAGUUCUGAGGGCAAAGAGAGGCUGGAGAUAGGAGAGAGGUGGGGAUGUAGAGAGGCCCAGAGUUUCUGCUGUCCAUGCUGGUGAAGGGAAGGGCUGCUAACAAUCUGAAACAAUGCAACCCCUUUGGCCCAUGUGGUUACAAAGAGGGCUCCUCUCAGCAUGAUCCUCAGCUCCUGCGCUCCACGCUCCUCUCUGAAGGGUUUCCACUGGCUCCUUAGGGGACUAUUGUAUGCAACCUGCCCAACAACCUCUUUAGGGUGCCUCCCUCGUAGCACAGACCAAUGGGCAGAAUCCUCUGGCUGGCUGAAAGGUGAACGGAAACAAUCCCAUUGAUAAUACUCCACAAAGGCCAUGCUUCCAGGUUCCGUACAGAGUCUGCGAGCAGGUUUAUCAGAGGUAAAAGAACCCACCAAGCCCUGAGGGCAGGAGCCAGUUCCCUGGGAGCAGCUAAACACCGGCAGUGGUGGCAUGAAUGCAGCUCCCUGCCCCGCUGUGGGUGGCAACAGAACCUUUAACUCAGGUGUCUGCAGCAGGAAAAACCACACCAGUUCACCUUUCAGGUCCCAAUCCUAUGAUGGGAUCCAUGUGAGUGGCCCCCUGCAUUAACAUAGAGCCCCAUUGGUCAGUGUGGGUCCACCUAUGCAAUCCAAUAGCAGGAUCAAGGCCUAAAUGGGUCACUUUCUUUAAACUUCUCCCUGAAACUAGUGCGUGUGGGUGAGAUCUCCUGCUAGGCUGGGCUUGUGGGUGAGGCCAUCAAUAGCCAAUCCUACAAACUCAUGCUCCUGCAAAUGAUCCUUAUAGACAUGAACAGUCACUUGAAGUCAGUGGUUCUACUUGCCAUGGGUCAGGGUGGCAGGAUCAGGUCCUCAGAGAGCAGCAGCAGUGGCCACACGAGGCAUUUCUUCUACGCUAAACUACAGAGGGUGGUUAGAAAUAAGGGGAUUAUUUUGGAAAGUGCUCAAGGAAACCCAGGCUGGCCCAUUACCUGGCUGCAGUAAGUUGCCUUUGUCCCACGGGCACAUCAUACUGGGGUAUGAAUGCCACCGUUUUUGUAACCCUGGAACGGACUGACCACAGUUGCCCGCCUUUCACCACUUCACAUGCACAUACCUAGAGGGAUCGGCGUCUCAGCAGGCUCCCAGUCCUGCAAACCCUUACUCAUGUGAGGAGUCCUUACUGGAAUCAAUGAGGCUACUCGCAUGAGGAAGGAUUUGCAAGAUCGGGCCCAUAAAUAUUUGGUGGUGGGAGGGAAAAAGGAAAAGUAGUCAAGGCUGAACUGUAUUUUUUGUAGAGAUCUUUCAAAAUCUGUGCUAGGAUGUGAGAAAGGGGUGAUGAGAUAGUGCCUCUUAGGCCCACAAGCUCUGGGCUGGUUCUGUCUGUAUUGCCUUCUUCAUUAGAACAUCACCGCACCUCUUGAACUCAUUAUAGGCUCACCGGUUUUCCUAAGGCCCCUUUUCCAUUCAGCUAGCUGAUCUGUGCCUGUUGAAUGGCCAAGUUCUGGCCUUGGCCAGUGAUCCCCACAGUCCCUGCUGUCCACCAGCCCUGUUGCAUUCCCAUCAUCCACCAUGGCAGAGAACGGCAUGGAGCAACUCCCACCAUUAGCCAGCAGCAAGCUUUGAACCCAAGAAGCAGCAUGGUCCUCCACUGCUUGAGCUAAAGGAGUAACUCCAGUAGCUGGCAGCAGCAGUAGGCAGUACCAGGUUUACAAUGGCACCAGAGGUGCCAUGGAACCGGGCCCAUGCUCAGAAAGGGCCCUGGCCUGCUCCGCUUGCACUGUGCCCCAAGACCCUGCUGGCUCCCCCCCGCCCACCAUUUGCUCCUCUUGGCCUGCCUGCCGGCUGGCCAAGGGCUCCUCUCCUCUCCAUGGCCCCAUCCCCUGUUCCUCUCAGCCCCUGGCCAGACCCCAGUGCACCUCUCGCUCUGGGCAGUCUCUGCUUCCCACCACCUAUGGCCUAUUGGGUGUUGGGGGGUGGGGACGGCUGUGUGGCGUGGCAUGGUCCCACCCCUGAGGGGAAGGGGCACACUGGCAACACAGGGCCGGGCAGGCCACUGUGUGUCUGGCAACUGUUGGUUUGUUAAUAGUGCCCUGCACUGGGCUGGGCGGAGGGGGGCCACCCCUGCCAUGCCAUGCCCCCUUGCCCUUGGCUGGCCCCUCGCUCUCAGGACCAACCUCCCUGCGCCAUGCUCCAUUGCCCUCAUGGAGGCCCACAAAUAUGUUUGUGCCGGCCCCACAAAAGGUUAAUCCGUCCCUGGCAGCAGGACAUGUCUAUCCCUCUGCAGAUCAGCUACAGAAAGGAGACAAGUAACACACACUGAACUAUGUGUUACAUUUGGUUCAGCCAGACCUCCCCCGGUCCAUUUCUGCAUGUAAUGCUGCUGUACUGUUUCACUGAUGAGAUCUCAGUGCCUGUACCACUCCCUGUAUCCCAGCCCCUCUCCUCAGUAAUGCUGUUGUGUUGGUCGCUUUCCAGAAUCUGACCUACUUUUAAGGAAUUUCUCUAAUAAGAAUUAAUACUUCACUAACUUCUCCCCUCAUUUCCAAGAUAAAGAUCUUUCCCCGUGUUUCUAACAGGACCUGAGACUGUUCGAGCUGAAAGAAUUUUAAACAUCUCAUUGACUUUCCCCCCAUCGCUGAUGAAGUUUAUUCUCUGUCCUUAGGCAAUGAAAUUAGGCUGGUCAGUUUCACACUUUUUUCUAGUCAGUUUCACUUGUUCUGCUUACUAAAACAAAGACUUUAACUGAAACUUUUUUUAAACCUCAUAGUUCCAUUCAGAUUUUGUCUUGUCAAAUUCCCCUCCUCCCACUACAGAACCUACAUUUUGGGCUUAAAUGGCCGUGGCCCUUUAAGAACUGGUAGGUAUAAAUAGCCAGGCCCUAGGCUAUCCUGCUGUUCUGUUUCCAUUGUUGUCUGCACGCUAUGCAAUGCUUCUGCCAAACCCAGACCUGGUAGAAGUGGCUACAGCUCCACUGGCUCCUCUUAUACCAAUUGACUUUGGCUGCCAGUGCCUCAUUCGCCUCUCACUCAGGGUCCAGUGCAACUCCUGUUAAUGUCAAUGGAAUAGCUCCUAGUGACAUUAAUGGGAGAUGAUGGAAUGUGCCCUUAUGCCUUGGUAGAGGAGUAUCCCCACUGAAAUAAUGGAGUUAAAAUGGGCUGUGACUGGGGUACAUGAGAGGGGACUCAGGCUCUCUUGUCCUUCCCCAGCUGUUCCAUUUUAAAGCUGCUCAUGGCUUAGGUUAGGCUACACUUGCCAUCUUUCUGUGGCCAGGUGCCUUAGAGUUAGAACCUUAGGGUUCAGGUUCAUCUUGGUCCUUAGAUAGCUCCAUUUUCACCCACACCACCCUCAAAGUGUCAUUGGGGAGACUGUCCUACCAGCCAGCAAGACUAGGCUUCCUCUAGAUGCUGCUGCUGCUGACUUGGCCAGAGGCUCUCUACAGAAUGAUGGGAGCCACCCACUGCCCCAGCACCUGGGACUGAACAAACUCACCCCACAACCAAGUUCAUGUUUCAAACACAGCGUCCCCAAGUGGCACCAUUAGGCUCGCUAAUGCUGCUGGGAGAAGUUUGGCCCCUCUGACUGGAAUUCUCCACCACCAAAGCCUGAGCCAAGGUUGUCCAAGAUUGCUUGAAGCCCCUCCAAGCUCUCAUCCCGCCUACCCCUCUGUGGACUGAGGUGUUGCCUCUACAAUGUCCCAAGCCCCUGCCAGCCCAAGGGAGAGAAAAGGCAGGUUCAGUAAUCAAACCCUGGACUCCCACAGAGCAGCACUUUUACUGGCCCCACUAAGCCACUGCUGAUUUGGGGGCACCUUUAAUAGUAACUUGACAUCUCAUAGGCUAGCCCCCGCUUCUUCAGCAACAGGGAGAAAAGCUGCCAUCUGGAGUCUGAUCUCCCACCAUGAACUCCUCACCCAUUUCUGAUCCCCACUUUGAGAGGAAGGCAAUUAACAGCCCUAUCUCCCCUUUCCCCUGCAAAUCUUAGGGCUAGCCCUGAGCCACCCUUUACCUGAUGGUGUUGGCAGCGCACAGGGAGGGCCAGGUGCUAGGAUACAUGGGGAAAGCUUGUGCCAUAGAGGGAGGUUAAGCACUAGGCAUCUCAAUCUGAUGAGGAAAGGGCAGGCGCAGCCUGUGUGUGUGCGUGUCUCUGUGUGACCGCACCCAACAAAGCCUCUAACCAGCUCGGCUCUGCAGCCCAGCUGCCUCCUCCCUGCUCUCCUGCUGUUAGCCCAUUAAUAAAUCCAGCUGUCCACUUGAGUUAAGAUUCUCCUCCCCCACCAGAUAAGAGAUUCUCACUGGGUAGUGGAGGAGUCCCCUGGGCUGGGGGGGAGGAAAUGCUGAGAUCAGACAUGCCAGUGGCCAAUUAAUCCCUUUGAAAUCCAGCAGCUUCUCCAACACGCUGCCUUUUUUCUAAGCGCUGCCCUAAGGCAGAUGGCAGCAUGCAGGGCCAGCUCUCCGGGGUAUCUGCCCAUCACCCCUGCAUCCUUCCUGCGUCCCUUUGCCCUGGCUGAGAGUCUGCUGAGCGGAUGAUGACGGGAGCAGUGCAGCUGCCAGCCAAGGCACUGGUACACACUAGAAAGUACCAUGACGGGAAUGGUCACCCAGCCCGGGUUCCGAGGGGGAUGGAUCAGAGCAGCCCCAUCUAUAUGGGUCUCAUCUGACUUUCCUGGACCCCACUGAGAAGGAUGUGGGGAGGGAGGAACUCCAUCCGCUCUCUGGUUCCCUCCUCCCCCAGUUCUGAGUUACAGUGGAGCCAGGCAUGUGCCUGGCCUGAGAGUGUGAGCAGGGGCUAGGACAAGCCCUUCCAGCCCACACAUUUCCCUCCCUGGAGCAGGACAAGCCACGGUCAUGUAGGGAGACCUGACCGCCGACUCUAACAGCAUAGUGGAUGUGCCAUGUCUGGGCAUGGGAGCAGAGCACAGCCAAGGGCCUGAGGGGAGCAGGGAUGAAGACAGGAGAUGGCCUGGGCUGAGGAUGAGAAACCUAGAGAGGAUGGGCUUGAACCAGGGACUCACAGCCGUUGCCGCCCGCCCCCUAGCUUCUGACAGGCCUUUUAGUCCAGCCAUGCACCUGGGGCCUCAGCUAAGAGUCCAGUGCACCCCCCCUUACACCCAUAUUCUUAUCCCGGGGGGCUUGGGGGAGAGAACAGCAGCAUCCAGAACUGGUGCAUGGGUUUAUGAAGGAGUGAGGGGACUAGUACAUGUGUGUUAAACAUGUAUUAAACAGGAGGAACGAGGAACCUACUACGUGUCCAGUCAGGCCCACAUGAAUGGGGAGAUGUUUUAAUUCUCCAAGGGGCACAAGUUAUUUACGCUGUCAGCACAAAGCACCAAUAGGGUGAUCUAAGUGUGAAAAAUCAGGGCAGAGGGUUUGGGGGGUGGUGGUAAUAAGAGCCUAUAUAAGAAAAAAAACCCAAAUAUUGGGACCGUUGCUAUAAAAUCAGGACAUCUGGUCACCCUAAGCACCAAUCCUCCAGUCUGUGUGGCAGUAACCACCACUAGCAUUUCACCCCCUCCCGGUUAGGAUGGGACCCAGGGACCCCCAUGUGGCUAUAGGCUUAGCAGCAUUGUCUGAACUGGCCAGGUAUCCAUUCUCUCUGCAGCCUAGUGUCUGAUCUCAGCUAUGUCUGUGUCGGUGAUGGUGAUUCCUUUGGCAGCUCGUUCCAUUGCCCGUCUGCUCAUCUCAUGAUAGCAUGUUGCCUGAUAUCUAACUUGAAUUCUCCCUGCUGUAUCUUAAUCCCGUUACUUCUCCUCCAUUGACUAAUGAGAGUAAUUGACCCUGCUUCUCUCUGGAACAUCCCUUUCUGUAUGAACAGACAUGUACUGUCUCUCUUCAGCCUGCUCUUCUCCAGAGCCCAAGUGCCCACUUCUUCCAAGGUCUUAUUAUGCAGACCAUGUGCUUGCUGGACUGUGCAACCUUUUCCUGUCCAAAGAUUCCUUCCUUGUGUCCUAGCCCUGAAGAAACCCAAGCAGGGAGAGGGGAAAGGAACAAAGCAAGGAGGGGCUAUUAUCCUGCAAGCUAAGGCUCAUCUCAGGGCUGAUUUUCCCUCUCCCGACAGCUCAGCAGAUCGCUGCAGAGUGAUUUUGCUCUCCGUGUUGUAGGUGCCUGGCGCUGUUCUCCCUGUACAUGUGGAGAGCAGAGUGGCCCCACCCCUACAGCCCAGAUCAGAACAUAUCCCUUAGUGAAGGUUAGGAGCACGCUGGAGCUAGGUUGCAAAGCGAGGGAGAGGGGAAGGGUAAACUUUUCCCAUCCCUAUCCCAACCAUUGCAGUCUCCCAUACACUGGGGCUUGUUCUCAGCACAAUGCUGGACACAGCAGGCUUUUACCCAUGGAGCACGAUGCUUGAACGGGACAGCAGCCAGGCCCCUUCUUUUCCCAGCACGUGGAACAGCUAAUGCAGUAUUCAAAGAGGAUAAGGUUAAAUAAUACUCUUGAGCUAUUUUGCAUUUCCUGUUGCUGCCAGGCAAGAAUCUGUCAAGUAGUGUAGGCCCCAAGGUUUGGCUUUGCUAAUUAAAGGGUGUGUGUGUGUGUGUGUGAGUGAGUGGGGUUCAGUCAACCCUAAUCUGAAUAGACACAUUGCCAUCAUUUUAGCCAUUAUCAUUUUUGCCUUUGAACCUUCCCCAACAGUCCUGGGUUCCCAAGCCCUUUGCUAGUGCAGUGCAAGGAAGCGAAACUGACCAGCCUCGUAUCAUUGCCUGUAAUGCCAGGCCUCAAACAAACUCCUGAUGAGGACAGCAGGUGAAUUUUCAGAAUGUUUGUUCAGGUUUAACAAUGGCAGGUGCUGUUGAUAAGGCAGGGAGAGGAAACUUCUCUGUAUAGCUAAUCACAAGCAUUCAAAUAUGAAUCAGCUCCCCCCCCCGAUGCAUAGCCUGGCUUAAAAAUGAUAGGAUUUUAAAAAAUAAAUACAUUUGGGGUUCUUUUAAUCUGCCUUUAGGUCUUUGAGCCUUUACAAGUCACAUUUUCAAGCUCUUCUCCCCAACCACAAGGACUUAGAACUUCCUUUUUUCUUUAAAUGAAAGCUGAGACCCUCACCAUAUAACGUGACUCCCAAGAGCUGGAGCUUGACGAAGAACACCAACAAACACACACUGCUUUUAAGACGUGAUUCUUGACAAUCCAGCGCUGUGCUGACGACCAACAAAUUUUCACUAUGGAAAACGUAGAGGCUACUGUUUGCUUGACUUUUUUAAAAACCCCUCUUUGCACCUACUACUCACAAUCCAGAGAAAUAGCCCUUUGCUGCCCUUUGUUUCCCAAAUAAUUAGUUAACUUUUCAUCUUUUGUCCGAGUUCCGAUUAGGCUGAAGUAGCAAGUGAGGACACGGGUGAUUUUGCUCAACUCGCUGUCUGGGAAGCAGGCGGGGGGAAGGGCACUGGAAUGGAUAUGCUCAGCGGGCGAUACUCUUUAAGAAGAGCAAGAUGGCUGACACUGUGCAUGUGAGUGGCCUUUACAUGCAGGCCCCUGUUCUGCAACUAGCUUUACAGGAGUGGGCCUCUGCACCAACGCAGAGUCCACUAGGGGCCUGCCUGUGGGGAUUCAACCGUAGGAUUGGGGCCUUAAUCUUUAAGAAGACAAAAAGGGUGAUAAGCCAAGUAGCACCUGGUUUCAGGGGCAAUAACAGUAUAAGAUCUCCCCUCUGAUUUAAGUAUUACUCCAAUGGUGAAAUAACAUCCUUGGCCUUUUGUUCCAGCCGUUCAGAUUACAACCCUGGUCAUUUCACAACCCUGGUCAUUUCUGUUUAAUUAUCACACAAGUGAUAUUUUACAGCUGUCAAGUUUAAAACCAGGCAGUGGAGCUGCUGCUGUCCUGCAGUAUACAGUGAGAAGUGCAGUAUGUGUGGUGGAGAUCUGAAACAUUACUGCACCAGCCAGAAUUCAUAUUACCAAACCAUGGGCAGCCAUAGCGCUCCAUACAGAAUGAAUGCUUUCUUUUAAAUUAAAUUAGUCUUUGUUGAAGAAAAUAAAAUAUAUGGCUACCUGGCUCCAUGCUAUCCAAUACAUGGCCUGUGAUUUAAACAUCAGGCCAGUUGUAUAUUCCAACUGAAAUGCACAUGUUGGCAUAGAGUUUGCAUAGCCUGGAUGUGUGAUGUGUUGGGUCCUAUACAGUUUGGAACAUAGGCUGCUUGUUUUUUCUCCUCCCCCUUGUGGGCACUGCUAACUUCAGUGGAUAUAAUGGGCACUUUGGAAAGAAGGGGAAGGGGCAUAGCCAAGGUGCAAGUAGAAAUUAAUUGGCUGUGUUCAUCCUUAGUUGUAACUCUGUUGAAGCCGGUGGAGCUACGCAAGGGUGAACAUGGCCCAUCUUCUCCACAGCUUCACUUGCCCUUGAAUCCAGCCUAAUCAAUCCCUUGCAAUAUUUAUUUUAUGCCUGGAAUUAACAUUGGGAUUUUGCUGAAUAAAUCACCUUCCAGAAGCUACCUGGUCUUCACUGAGCUUGUGAGAUCCAGGUAUCCCUGUGGCCAACCUGUUGUCAGGAGGUUCUGCUCUCCUCCCUCCAUCAUGGAACCUAGAGUUACACUUUGAAGGGGAACCUUAUGCCCAAGGAUUUGAUCUUGUGAGCUGCAUCGAAACAAACAAAUUGACCACUGCCACCUAGGGCCAGGAGCCUUCUUCUCCCCAACAGCAACUCUUUCCAGCCAGGACAUGGCAUUUUCCACAGCCUUCCUGCCUACAAGUUCCAGGGUCUAAACUAAACUUGGAAGAAGCCUCAUGUACUUCCCCUUGUUCUCUCCAUGCCUGGUCUGUCUUGGGGGCAGUGUCUUUAUGAAGUCCAAGGAGAUCAUCUUCCUGCAAUCCAGAGCCAGUCUCUACCAGCAGGUACAUCACCCACCUAUGCAACACUUUUAAGACCUAAGACUUUUAAUGGGGAAAAUGAAACUUUAUGGGAACACAUGUGCCCUUCCAGAAAUAUUGCCAGUUCUUGGAACUUUGGGGAUUUUGUAGCUCACCCACUGUGAUUAGACUUUAGUGGACUUUGCAGAGCAAACACACACACACACACAAGGAUCGCUCACUCUCCAUCAGUGCAAGCUACUUCUGCAAUCUUAGCUAUUCACUGAGUGAAAGAAACACAACAUAGCUACAAUGUGUCAAGAUGAUUUAGUAUUGGUAUCAGUCACACGAUUCUAGUGUCCAUUAGCUGCACUGGCAGCUGACAUCUAAUGAGUUCUGACUUUGGAUGGCAGCCCUUGAAGCAAUCAGGGUGAAAAGGAUUCAAAACACAGGCCUGAGAAUACAAACAAGUCUCCAGAAGCAGGAGCAGAUCCAUGAGAUCAGGUGAUAACAGAUGGAUUCUUCCUGUUCAAGUUAGGGAGAGAGUUUUUUUGAUCAGAUUUUUCUUCUGGGGAGCAGAUGGCCCUGAGUGAUGACAUUGGAGGUGGGGAAGGGGAGGUGGGAGAAUGACAUAAUAGAUUCUGGGCAAGUCUACGCUACAGCGCUACGUCGGCACAGCCGCACUGAUGCAGCUGCGCUGCGGUGCACAUCCAGUGUAGAUGCACUGUGCCAACAGGAGAGCGCUCUCCCAUCGGCGUAAUUACUGCACCUCAGUGAGAAGCAUAAGCUGUGUCAGCAGGAGAGUGUCUCCCGCCGACAGCUCCAGUGUGGACAGCGCAAAACUUGCGUUGCGCCGGGGGGAGUUUUUUCAUCCCCCUGAGCAACAUAAGUUAGAUCAACUUAACUGGUAGUGUAGACCUGCCCUCUGAGAGAGGCCUGAUGAGAGAACAUCUUUUAUUGGAUCAACUUCUGUUGGGGAAAGAGACAAACUUUCAAGAAGAGCUCUGUGAAGCUCAGAAGCUUGUCUUUUUUCACCUCUGUGGAGCUCAAAAGCUUGUCUCUCUCACCAACAGAAGUUGGUCCAAUCAAAGAUAUUACCUCACCCUCCUUGUCUCUCUGAUAUCCUGGGACCAACACAGCUACAACAGCCCUGCAAACUAAUGGAUUCUACUGUUCUGUGAAGCUUCACUCAAUACACUGUAGAGCUGGUUGGAAAAAAAAAAAUCCCAAUAAAAUGUGUUAGAGGAAUUUCUCAAAAGUUUUUCCUGUUGGGUUCCCCCCUUCAAAAUAGAGCUAGAGAAAAAAACUUGAACAAUUUUUGGUAAAGGGUUUUUUUCCUUUUAUGCUUGAUAAUUGAAUUUUUGAUGAAAAAUUUAUUCAUACCCCUCACCAAUUUGAAAAAUUUCAACCACUUCCACUAAAUAGUCAGGCCUCAAGGAAAAGAGAACAAAACAGAAGGAGAAAAUAGAAAAGGAUAAAGUUGUUAUAUUUUGUUCCAUCAAAACAAACGGGCCUGGUGCAUACGCACAGCUAGUGGGAUGGAGUCCUGCGCCAAAAUUUAAGUUGCUCAGAGUAAUCCAUUAUUUCCUGUAGCAGUUCAGUAAAUGAUAAAAUGAUGCCUGUUUCAUGGGAAAGGAAGCUGAUCUCUGGCCUUGUUUGUGUGGAGGUGGUUGUGGAAUUUCACGUUUGCUGCAGUGAGUGUAUGAGCCAUGAAGGGCAGGGAUAGAAAGGUGGUGCCAAUAAGCAUGUGGUGAGAAGUAUUUUAGAACAUCCUAGUCCCCAUGUCUGACUGGAAUUGGAGAGCCAUUGAAUCCUUCCCCCAAUCUGAUACCAGGCAUAACUCCAGCUAAUCUCCCCUCCCCUAUUCAGCUCCCAACGCAUAAUCCUACUGACAUGACCAAAGCCUGAGUGACCAUCCCACCUGCUCCCUUGAUCCCCUGGAUCAAGAUGGAAUGCUGGGAUUUGGAGUGGCCUCAGUCUGCACUAUGUUUCGGCAGCCACCUGCCAUGUUGUCAACUUCCAUUGGCCACAUUUCCCCCCCGAGGGCUGCACAAACCUUGGAUUAAUCUGUCAUCUCUGGGGACAGCCACAAACCCACUUCUGUGCUCGGUGACGUGACGUGGACCCAUGAGGGAACUCCUUUAUUCUCUAAAUCACUGCAGCACAGCCAUCAUUCCUUCAGUCACACUGGUUGCUACACUCACAAAAAAACCUUCCCUGCUGCUUCCUUCACUCCUUGAACGCAUAUAGGCAGCUAUGUCAGAGCCUUCCAGAGAUUCAAGAAGAAACGGUCCCGAAAGAUCAUGACACCAGAGCGUAAAAGCCCUGCCAUAUUGAUUUUCCUGACCUCCAGGACUCAACAGCUGAGAGAUAGAUACCUGCUUUCCCCGAGCAGAGGGGCCCGCUAAACGAGGCAGAGGAACUCCAAACACAUCGCUAUAGGCACGAGGGACCGAAAGGCACGAUCACCAUCACAAAUAUUGUACGCAGAUGCGUUAUCUACAGGGCCCUUUGUGAACACAGGACCCAGUCCUGCUGCUGCUGAGGUUGAAGGAAGCUUUGCCAUUGCCUUCAGAAUGUGCAGUGUCCAACUCACAGAGGAAGCUCUCUGCCCUGAGGUGCUUCCAGGCUGGACAGAGUCAGAUAAAAACUGACUAGGCGGGCCACAACACAGUGAGAACUCAGCAUAGAUCUUUUUAAGUGGGAGUGGUGAGCAUGCUAUAAUCCAGUUGCUUGGCAUCUGUGGGCUUUGGGGAAGUGGUGGCUUUUCAGGGGGUGGGGGUUGGCUGGAGAGGGGGAAGGAGCCUGGGGCACUAGGCUAGGGAGGCUGUUACAGGACAGAAGAUGGCAUGGGAGAAAACAGCGGAAGGCGGAAUCAAAGGCAGCGUCAAGGUAGAGCGAAAGGUGUGUGAUGGACAUUCUGAAAGGAGAAGUCUCCUUGGCUAAGGAGACAGCUGUGUGAGUAACGCCUGGUGUAACUGCAAGGCCUGAGACGCCUUAAUUUAUCAGAGCAAUACCAUUGCCUCCCAGGCUGGUGCUCUCAGCCCACUCUCCAAGGAACAGAUGAGCAUUAACCACAAGGGAUAACGUUGCCAGAGGCCCAGAUGUAUAAUUGUCACUGGCUAACAACUAAAUUGCCUUUCGCCUCUAGAGAAGCUAAUCCAUCCAGGUCAGAGGGGAUGGUGUUGGUAGGGAUCUGGCAGCACUUGCUUUCUGAGGCCUGGCUAGUGGGAAUAAAGCUCUUCAUUCGUUAGCUAUGCUCUCAGCCUAAUUUAACUAUUUGCAGGCAGUGUCUCUACACUACCUCACACCUCCCCGGCUCCCUAAAACCCUCCCCACAUAGGACACAAGCGAAAUGAGUUCAGAGGGUUUCAUUCUUACUCCACGUGGACAAAAGUGCCGCUCUGCAGCGAGCCAAGAGUAGAAGCAGAAGUACUGCAGGUCAAGAGCGACAUAUACCAGCAGAGCUGUGUGGGUCCCAGGACUGAACGAGAGUGUGUGAGAGAGUGGGGGUUGCAGGUGCAGACUGAGGACAAUUAGCAGAGCUGGGUGGAGAGCCCAGGAAUGGAGUAGAAAGGGGAGCGACCUGGCUGAGGCGGAUUAGCAAGGCUAAGUGGGAGGAAUCUUGCCAACACUAUGCAUGGUUCAGACCAGCACUCUGUGUCCCUCAUUUUAUGAGCAUCACAUUCAUUCACUAAUUUGUUUUUAAAAACCCCAAACAGGGUUUCAGGCUAUUCUGCGACUGGGCAUGCAAGGCUCUGCCCAGUCCCUCAGACCUUUUCAGCUCCCAUGGAAAUGACUGGCCGUACUCUGCUGUCUCAGGGCGACUCACAAACCCACCAGGACUCGUCUUCCUCCACUGCCUCCAAAUUGCCAUUCUCCAGCCGCUCUGGCUAGCUGAGCGCACAAAAGGUAGACUAAGCGGCAGUAGUAAUACUUCCCCACCCUGGCAGCAAAUAGAGAAAGCUCAGUGUGGGCAGUGCCAACCUAAUGCAGGCCAAACGAAGGGGCUGAAUGAAGUAAGGAGCUCUGUGCAUACCCACCCUCCCCCAUUUCCCAGCUAGUGCUGGAAAUUAACUAGCCCGUUUCAUGAGACAUUGUUGCUCCGACACCAAGAAAUGACACCGCUGUGGCUCAUAGCAGAAGCUGUGAGAUUUGGGCAGCCAGCCACAGACAUACGUCCCUUCCACCGUAUGCAUUCAGACCAGAAGAGCAGAAGCCCAGCUUGCCAUCUGCUGCUUUAAGGAACCAGCUUUUCGCCCCAUCCAGCUCAGGCGGGGGCGCUUACUUGCACACUUAAAGCAAAAGCUCUAGUGUCGUUCCCAAGAGUUCAAACCUCUCGAAGCCACUGUUUAUACGCCCCUCCCUCCGCGCACGCACAAAGAAAUGCUGUCUCAUUUGAUUGGCUUGCCCUGAUUUUGCCCCUUCAUGCUGCUGGAUAGGGCAGAAACAGCAUUUGGGGAUCCUCAACAUACAGCCAAGUGGAGCAGAAACUGCUCUCAGACUUCGGAGCUGAAGGUCAUUCCUCCCUAGCUUUGCAAUGAGGUCUCACAGUUGACCUACACCUUCAGUGUCCUAUGGGACUGUUGGCCUUCUAUAGCACUAGGUGAACUAUUGCUAGUGAAUUAUUCAUUCAAUUCAUUUGCCCUUAUUUCUGUUGCCGAUGGUCCCUGGCCAGACUUGGAUUUUUACUAAAUGGUUUGUUAUUUGAAAUUGUUCAAAGAUGUGUCAACUAACACGUUAUUCACUUCUGUGGGUCCAUGCUUGGCAGGGGGAGGAGGGGGCGGUCACCCAAGUCACAUGGUUUCAUUUGGGUGCCAGAGGAGGGAAGUCCAAGAGAUUUCAAGAUGGCUGCCUGAUCAGACAUUCCAGUGAGUCUUGGCACAGGUUAGGCAUUUGUAAGAUAGCUGCUAUAGUUCAGCUACUGGCAGACUUUCCUCUGUUUACAGGAAGAAGGUGUGAAUGCCCUGGAAGGCAAUUUAAUACAAUUUUUAUUGUAACAGAUAUUCACAACCCUUUUUUUUUAAACUAUGUUUGCCCAGUUCUAACCACCUCUCAGGGCAGAUGCUGCCAAACAAACCUACCAUUCUUUGUGUAUUUGGUGGAGUGUGGUUUACGGUACAUUUUGGGAACACAACCACUUCCAACCUUGAACUGGUUUUCAAUGAAUCACCCUGCUCUCCACGAAGUGGGCUGCCCUUGUAAUUUACACAGAGUUGUUCUUGGGACAAAUCUAUCCCUUUUGUAACUGGUCCAUCCACAUCGUUGGGAGUGGCGCCUGCCCGUGUGGCUGAACAUGGUCCUUGGGCUUUUGCAAGGUUACUAAACAAAAUCUCAUCUACUUCAGCUGUGUCAUAGAAUCUCAGGGUUGGCAGGGACCUCAGGAGGUCAUCUAGUCCAACCCCCUGCUCAAAGCCAAUCCCCAAUUUUUGCCCCAGAUCCCUAAAUGGCCCCCUCAAGGGUUGAACUCACAACCCUGGGUUUAGCAGGGCAGUGCUCAAACCACUGAGCUAUCCCUCCCCCACUUCUUAAGAAAAUAUUUUGUAAACUUAAGAACACCGACCUCAACAAAAAAUGCUUAGUGGUAGGUAAUGAGUAGCUGACGUUCUGGAGAGGUCUUGACAAAAUCUUUUAUAGCUGCUGUGGCUGGCUUUUCUUUUGUUGGUGAUAGCCCCUGCAGAACACCAGAGUGUAGCUUGGAAGGGAGUAAAUAGCGUAGGUUGAUUUGCAAGGGCUUUAGGGUAGUGCUGUUGACACACCGCUAAGGUGGCCAUUGCUGCCAGUGAUAACCUCACACCGUAUCCUUUCUGAUCUAUAAGGCCAGAGCAUCAAGCAGCUAAGGGUCCCAUUGGCCUGGGGUCCACAGACAGCAGAGCCACGGGCGUUUGUAUCUGCUGUGUGGAGUGAAGCACCGGUGGGGAUCUGUCUAACAAACUCUUUAGUGAGCACUGGGAACAGUUUUUACUUUUAAAUAUGUCAAUAUGAUCUAGCUCUCUCUCUAUCUGUCUGUCUCUCUUUCUCUCGCUGUACAAACAGUAUAUCACAAUGUUGCCUUUUCUGUUGGAAAUAUCAAAGUACAAAGAUUGUAAACCAAAUCGGUGUAAUAAAAGUUCCAGAUGAUUCACUGA